UCAUUGUGUUCCUCAAUCGCGCGCUUUUUACGUACAGACCACACACACCAUCUUUAUGUGGUAACAAGCUACGUGCUAAGUUAGCCUCCACACUGGCCUAAGAAAUUACUAGUCUCUGAAAAUACCACUGACGACACUGUGAUCUGGACGCUUAGAGGGGAAGUGCUUGGCCAGCAGUAGCCGAGUGUGGAAAAUAGACUCUGCAAUGGGUAAAAAGUCUCGUGAAGAGGAAUCUUCAUCUUCAGAUGAAGAAGAGUAUGUUGUGGAGAAGGUGCUGGACAGGAGGGUGAUGAAAGGCAGAGUCGAGUUUUUCCUGAAGUGGAAAGGUUAUUCAGAUAAGCACAACACAUGGGAGCCAGAGAAGAAUCUGGAUUGUCCUGAGCUUAUUUCAGAAUUCAUGAAGACCUACAAGAAAAGCAGCAGUGGAAGCUCAACACCAAGCACUGGGGGAAAAACAAGCACAAGCUCCUCUGGACGGCCCAAAGACUUGGGUAGCUCGAAAAAGAAAAGCUCAGAUGAUGACGAGGAGGAAGGUGGAAGUAAAUCAAAAAAGAAAAAGGAGGAGGACAUCCUUGUUGCUCGUGGCUUUGAAAGAGGACUUGAGCCUGAGAAGAUCAUUGGAGCAACUGACUCCUGUGGGGACCUAAUGUUUCUGAUGAAAUGGAAAGAUUCUGACGAAGCUGACCUUGUUCUUGCUAAGGAGGCCAAUCAUAAGUGUCCACAGAUUGUCAUAGCCUUCUAUGAAGAACGCCUCACUUGGCACGAAGACAGUGAAAAGAAGGAUAAGGAUGCGGUUACUGCGUGAGUGCAGAAACAAUGUGGACUUCCUCUGCUGAAGGGACAAGCUCGAUUCAGACAUUUUCCCACACCCACCCUUCCUUUUUACCAUGCCCACCAACAGAACACCGGUUCCCCAGACUGUUGAGAUGAAUCCAUCCGACGAGAGUAAGAACUCAGAUGGACUUGAGUGAGAAGCUACUGGGGAGAGUUUCUGCUUUUCUGUUUUGUAUAUCUCACCAUUUUUUUAAAUGUUGUAAUACAACUUGUUUUUAGUGUGACAGAAUGGGAUUAAAUCGGGGAUUUUGCAAUCAGGAGGACAGGGGAUCAUUUGAUAAACUCAGAAAAGACUCUAUACUCUAUAUUCAACUGAAGUACAAGCUUCAUCUGAACUUGUCCCGAGGUGGUGCACCAUUUUUUGGCAACACACCCUUAAAAUAGUAUUGAUAUUCAGGUUGCAACCACAGCAGCAUUUCCUUUUUCGGUGUAAAAAAAAACCUCCUUUCAGAUAUUUUUAUCUCUUGUAGAGUUUAAUUUGUUUGGUCUACUGGAAAAUAGUAUACAUUUUAACUUUGCAAAAUUGUUAAGGACAAUGGCCAAUUACUGUCUUUUUAUUGUAGUGCUGAUAACCUUGUUAAUUUUUAAAAUGUAGACUUUUUCAUGUCUUAUAUCCAGUUUUUUCGAGUUGUGCUUUGUGUAAUGUUAAUUUCUGUAUGAUAUCACCAUUUGAUGAAAAUGACAAUAAAACAUUUUACUGUA